AUGGCUGGCCCCGCGGCAGAUCCCGAGGCCCAGCUGCUGUCUUUCCAGCGGUUCCGAGCCUUGAGCAAGCCGCGCCUCGCCUACGGCUACGGCUCGCGCAGCCUGAGCCAGCUGCGGGAGAGGGAGUUCGGUCGGCUGGCAGGAACUGUUUACCUUGAUCAUGCCGGAGCCACCUUGUUCCCCCAGAGCCAGCUCACAAGCUUCACUAAGGAUCUCAUGGAAAAUGUUUAUGGGAACCCUCACAGUCAGAACAUCACCAGCAAGCUGACCUAUGACACUGUGGAGCAGGUGCGCUACAGGAUCCUAGCGCAUUUCCACACCACCCUGGAUGACUACAGCGUGAUCUUCACCUCCGGGAGCACGGCUGCCCUCAAGCUGGUGGCAGAGUCCUUUCCCUGGGUUUCUUGCCCAGGGAACAGCGGGAGUAGGUUCUGCUAUCUCACAGACAAUCAUACCUCAGUGGUGGGUAUGAGGAAGAUACUUGCAGCCAGGGGUAUCACUUCUACUCCGGUCAGGCCAGAGGACCUGCGCUUGGUGGAGGAAAGAGAUGAAAUGGGCAGCCACCCCAGCUGCCAGCCCUCACAUCUCUUCUGUUACCCAGCUCAGAGUAACUUUUCAGGAUCCAAAUACCCACUGUCCUGGAUAGAGGACAUCAAAUGUGGGCGGAUGAGUCCUGUGAACUUGCCUGGGAAGUGGUUCGUGCUGUUGGAUGCAGCCUCUUAUGCGAGCACCUCGCCUUUGGACCUGUCCACUCACCAGGCAGACUUUGUUCCUAUCUCCUUUUAUAAGAUCUUUGGGUUUCCUACUGGCCUGGGUGCUCUGCUGGUCAAUAAUCGUGUGGCUCCUCUACUGAAGAAAGGCUACUUCGGAGGAGGGACCGCCGCUGCCUACCUUGCAGGAUCAGAUUUCUACGUGCCAAGGUCAUCGGUGUCUGAAAGGUUUGAAGACGGAACCAUCUCGUUCCUUGAUGUGGUAGCAUUAAAACAUGGAUUUGACAUCCUAGAGCACCUUACAGGUGGCAUGGAGAAUAUAAAACAGCACACCUUCACGCUGGCCCAGUACACCUAUGCCAUGUUAUCCUCCCUUCACUACCACAACGGAGCUCCUGUGGUUCGAAUCUACAGUGACUCUGAGUUCAGCAGCCCUGAUGUUCAGGGCCCCAUCAUUAACUUUAAUGUACUGGAUGACAAGGGAUUCAUCAUCGGCUAUUCCCAGGUGGAUAAAAUGGCCAGCCUCUACAACAUCCACCUGCGAACUGGUUGCUUCUGUAACACGGGGGCCUGCCAGCGGCACCUGGGGUUAAGUGACAACAUGAUCAAGAAAUAUUUCGAGGCUGGGCAUGUCUGUGGUGACCACAUUGACCUCAUAGAUGGACAGCCUACGGGUUCUGUGAGGAUUUCCUUUGGAUACAUGUCCACUGUGGAGGAUGCUGAGGCCUUUCUCAAGUUCAUCAAAGCCAUCUCCCUUCACUCCUCAGGUGGACAGUCUGUUUCCAAGGCCAGAACUGGAGAGCCUGGAGCCAAAUCAACAGAGGACAAGGCCCAGGAUGAGCAUGCCAUUACCAACAGUCGCUGUCUCUCACCUGAGGAAGACGACCACGCAGACUCCAGGAGUUGGAACAACUCACACCCUUUGCACCCACCUCUGAGGGAAGCCUCCAGCACCUGGCAGUCCCCUGUGGAGGAACCUGAAGGUGGCCUGAAUAGGGACCCUGAGCUACCUGUUGUCACCAAAAUUUGCCUUUACCCUAUCAAAUCCUGUGCUGCAUUUGAGGUGACCAAGUGGCCUGUAGGAAACCAAGGGCUGCUGUACGAUCGGAGCUGGAUGAUUGUGAACCACAAUGGGGUUUGCCUGAAUCAGAAGCAGGAGCCACGGCUCUGCCUGAUCCGGCCUUCCAUUGACUUGCAGGAGGGGCGCAUGGUCAUCAAAGCCGAAGGGAUGGAGCCUAUAGAAGUGCCUCUUGAGGAAGCCAGUGGACGGGCUCAGAUUUACCAAAGCAAAGUGUGUGCAGACAGGGUAAAUACUUUUGACUGUGGAGAAGAAAUUUCAAAAUGGUUGUCCAAGUUUUUUGGCCGUCCAUGUCAUUUAAUCAGACAGAGUUCAAACUUCCAACGAAAUGCCAAGAAGAAACAUGGGAAAGAUCAGCUGUCCAGCACUACUGCCUCCCUUUCUCUGGUGAAUGAGGCCCAGUAUCUACUGAUAAAUACAUCAAGUGUUAUGGAACUUCAGAAGCAAUUAAACACCAGUGAUGAGAAUGGAAAGAAAGAAUUCACCAUGGAAGAUCUCAACUCACGUUUCCGGGCCAAUAUUAUCAUGAAUGGAACAAGGGCGUUUGAAGAAGAGAGAUGGGACGAAGUUUCAAUUGGCUCUUUGCAUUUCCAGGUGGUGGGGCCUUGUCACAGAUGCCAGAUGAUUUGCAUUGACCAAAACACUGGGCAGCGAAACCAAGAUGUUUUCCAAAAACUUUCAGAGAGUCGAGAGAGAAAGGUUAACUUUGGCGUGUACCUGAUGCAUACGUCUUUUGAGUCCUCGGCUCCACGUUUCCUGUCUGUGGGAUCUCAGGUGCUCCCUGUGGUGAAGGAGGACGAAGAAAGCCAAAGUUCACCUGCUGCCCAGAGACACCAGGGCCAUACCUCCUAAAGUGUUUGCUACAUGCGCUCAACUUGCUCCUUCACAAUGAUUGCUACUAUUGUUGAGAUCCGCAGCUUGAUUCAGUACUUUUUCUUGGGUGGGAGCACAUGCUGCACCUGUGCCCUCAGACUUUUCACUCUGCACAUAUGCCAGAACAUGCUAAGAAAAAGUGCUCCUGAGGCCUCCCGACUGAAGGCUUAUGCUCACGCCUUGUGGAGCUGCCAUAUGAAUUUGAAGAAUGAUCCGUUAUAGUCAGGUGAUGUUUAUAGACAGGCUCAUGGGGACUGUUAACCAACUCUAAGUCCCUCAGCUGUCGCUUUCUUAGAAUCUUUAUGCUCUCAUCGACUUCUCUGUGCUGAGGAAUGGGGCCUCAGCCACUUCUGUUGAAAGUAGAAGUGGAUGGGGGUCUGCUCAGAGGCUCAGAGGGAGAUUUCACCACAUUCCUCAGAUAUUUAUGUUUUGAGUAGAGGCACAAGGUAAUAAUCUCUUCUCAUUUUUCUUCCUCGCUGGAGCCACCAAUCUUGUUGCCUUCUGAGUUGACACAUGAGAAAGUUACAAUCAGUGUCAGGUAAUAUAAGCAGUGUUCUCAUAGAGCUUAUGGGAUAGAAUUGGUCCCUCUACACAAAAACAUCCAAAUCCUAGUCCAGAGACAAGUGUGAAGUUCAAGGACACCAUCUGUACCACUACUGACCAAUGCUUUAAUUGAAUAUGUCCAGGGAGUAUCAGACAGCUUACUCGGGAUUGUGGUGAUACUGAGGUCCCAAAAGUUCUUUCUGUGACUCCAAUGCUGUCAUGUGGAACAAUGUAGAGAACGCAUGUCACUUCUGCUAUUGCUCUGCCAGUGUCCUUCCGAAGCUUGCUCAUGUGUGGACAAAGUGUAUGAACCCUACCUUCUUUAGUACCAUCUGCCUGGACUAUUUGUCCAAUCUCUUCUCUUCUCCAAGAUCUAGCUCCCCACCGUCCGCAGCACUUCUUAAGCCAGUGCCACUGUCACUGGGCUGUUCAGUUGUUCAAUGUGCAGGCUCAGGCUUCCUUGUCCUUAUUCAGAGCCCAUGGAUUCAGACAACUUGUUGCACCAUUGCAUCUAUGGGAGGCUGUGCUGCUGCCUGCAGAACAUAGGAUAGGACCCACGAGGCUUGCUCUGUCCCCCAGGGCUGUUGAGAUAGAGCCUGGUCCUUGUGCCCUCUUCUGGCAUGCAGAAUGAAGGGUAAGAAGUGCACCUCUGAUUCUGUGCUUCCUGAGGUCAAUUAAAGAGGUGGUAAAUGGGGCUGGGAAGUUGGCUCAGUGGUAGAGCGCUUGCCUUGCAUGCCUGAGGCCCUAGG